AUGGUUCCCAUAACCUAUGAGUCUUGGCUGGAAGUUAGUGAAGAAGUAAGGGAAGGGUUAUGGCAAUAUGUUUUGGAAAAGUUUGUAGUUGACCCAAUGAGCCAGAAGCAAACUCUCCAAUCGAUCGGGAAGAAGUGGAGAAACUUCAAACAUUAUCUAUAUGCCAAGCUCAUUAAGAACCGCAGUAAAGAUCCCAAGGCAAAUCUAUUAAAACCUCUGAAAGAUUAUCCGUUUAUAAAGAAAGAAGACUGGAAAGUUUUUGUAUCCCAUAGAGUUACAAAAAAGUGGGAGAUGCAAGAAACCGGCAAGACGAAAGAGGAGAUCGAUAGGACACUGUUGUGGAAAAAAGCAAGAGAGUUGAAGACAGGAGGAUACGAAUCAGAUGUCAAGAUGAUUGUUGAUAAAAUUGAUGAGCUGCAGAAAUCUGGAAGCUUUGGAGAGGUUACAUGUGGAACACAUGAAGUGCUUACAAAGGCCUUGGGUACUCAGGAACAACGUGGGCGUGUACGAGGCAUGGGUAAAUUUAUAACGCCACAACAAUACUUUUAUUUACCCAAGAAUGUUAAGUAUUACUUGGAGAUUGAGAACGAGAGGGUGGAUAAACGAAUCAACAAACUUGACGAUGACUUGGAGAAACUAAAAAGAGAUGUACUUAAUGUUUCUGAAGCCGCAAGUUGCCAAGUAGGGGGCGUCAUUGAAGAUGUUGAAAAAGAACCACGGGAUGAAUCACUUGAUAAUUCAUGUCUUCUUGCGGUUGAAUUUGUUGCAAAUGUAGUCGCUAAAGGAACCAUAAUGAAGUAUAGUGCAUCGGAUGAAAACAUUGAAGUUAUGAUGGAAACAAUUUUACAAGGAGAAGCUUUAAUACCCAUUCCACUUGAAGAGGAGUUCAUUGUGAAGGGAAAAGUGGUGGGGAAACCUGUAAAGAAACAUGCAACACCAGUGAAGAAAGAUGCAACACCAGUGAAGGAAGGGGAUGAUAUGGAAGAAGGGAAUGGAAUAGAAAAGAAGAUUAAAAAGAAGGAGAAACAAAAAUGUGACCUUGCAAAGAAGGUGGACCAGAGCACAGAUGAAGACAAGGAUAAGGAUUGA